UGUAUAGGACUGGCCCCUUUCUUCCCUGGUUCCUCUGCGGCUUUGACCGGUGGUGAUUGAGUUGGAUCUCCGGAGGCGAUUCUGGGUGGCGGUGGUUCCUUUCUUCGCAGUACGUCCCCCUCCCGUCCGCGCCGCCUGCUGCUCCGUCUCCACCGGCUUGGCGGGGUUGUCUCGCCGUUGGGUGUCGCCUUUCUUGUUCCGGCCGGCUGGGCGCAAGUGCAAGCACGGCGCCGAGAACACGCUGUUCCUGGGAGAGGGACCGGUCCCCUGGAGCCUGCUGCUGGGAGAGGGCAGCUGCAGAUUGGAUCACCGACCCUACGGGAUGGAGGAGAACAUUAGGAAUAUGCGGCGACGGCUGUCGCCGGCCAGCCUUUUCACCGACGACCUCGUCUUCCACAUCCUCUCCCGGGUACCCUACAUCUCGCUCUGCAGCUUCAAGUGCGUGUCCAAAUCAUGGCUCGCCCUCUGCUCCGAUCCCGAGAUCCGCAAAAAGUCGCCCCAGACCCUGUCCGGCUUCUUCUACCGCAGCAUAACCACAGGGUCGCAUCACUGUGAGUUCCGUCGCCAAUUCACCAAUGUGUCAGGGAGAGGGCAGCCUAUGGUCGACCCCUCUCUUUCCUUCAUGCCCAGCUAUUAUAAGAUCAUAUUCAUCGACUCCUCCAAUGGUCUUCUGCUCUGCCGCUGCGCCACCUCGUUUCCAAAGCGUGAGUAUUUCCAUGUCGUGUGUAAUCCUGCGACUCAGAACUGGAUCCGGUUGCCGGAGACAGAGACAGAGAAGAUGGCACGAAGCCACGUCGUGCGUUUGGCUUUCGACCCAGCUGCAUCGUCUCACUUCAGAGUAUUUCUGCUCGUCAGUCACCGGCCUGGUCUAAACACUGACGUCACUGGACUUACCGGCAGAGCGGGUGGGGUCGCGAUUGUAUAGUGGACAGUGCUUCCAGAAGCCUGCUCUGUAAUGACAUCAUGCAUUUCGCUACUGUUGCUUCUUCGGUAGUCACGGUGGACAUGGAGCUGAACAGAUGGGGGGAAAUACCUGCACCACAGGAAACAAAUUCCAGCUGUUUGAUCGGGCUGUCGCAGGGGCACCUGUAUUUGGUGCAGUUACAUAACAGUGAAGACCGCCAUCUAUCGGUUUGGGCUCUCGAGGAUUACCAUACCCAACACUGGAUCCUAAAGCAUUCUGUCUGCACAGCACCGCUGCCUGAAUGGCGUCACGUCCAUUUUCCUAGAUACAGAGAGGUGAUUGCAAUCCAUUCUGAAUGGCAUCUGAUUUUCUCUCAUGCGGGGUGGCGUGGAAAUAGUGAUUGUAUUGUGUCAUACGAUAUGGAUAGCGGGGUAGUGAAAGCUAUCUGCGCUCCUGGACCCUCCUGUGCUUUUACAUACAUACCAUAUGUUCCCUGCUUCUCAAAGUGGUUGUCUGAUGAAAACUAAAGGCUUUCACACUUGAUGCAUGACAUUAUUAUCUAUGUUCAAGGAGUAAGACCGUCCUGUUUAUGGCCAUAGCGGUGCAAUGGAUACAUGUCCUAAGUCUACAUUAGUUUGAUGUUCUAAUCGUUUGGUGCUUAAAAGCGGCUUCCUUAUGUCUCGCGAUAUUGUUAGCAAAUGUCGAACAGUAUGUAAGCAAACCUUUGUCUAUUGCACCAGGUAGCCAUUUCAGUGUAGUUACUUAUUUGA